AUGGCCACAGAGCUUUGCCCCGUCUAUGCGCCCUUCUUCGGUGCGCUGGGCUGCACGUCCGCCAUCGUCUUCACCUGCUUCGGUGCCGCGUAUGGUACCGCUAAGGCCGGUGUCGGAGUGUGCUCCAUGGCUGUCCUCCGUCCCGACCUGAUCGUCAAGAACAUUGUCCCCAUUGUCAUGGCUGGUAUCAUUGGUAUCUAUGGUCUGGUCGUGUCGGUCUUGGUCGCCAACGACCUGACCCAGAAGCUCCCUCUGUACACUGGAUUCAUUCAGCUCGGCGCUGGUCUUUCUGUCGGUCUGGCCGGUCUGGCCGCUGGUUUCGCUAUUGGUAUUGUCGGUGACGCCGGUGUUCGUGGAACUGCUCAGCAACCCCGCCUCUACGUCGGAAUGAUUUUGAUUCUCAUUUUCGCUGAAGUUCUGGGUCUUUACGGGUUGAUUGUCGCUCUUCUCAUGAACUCCCGCUCGAAAGCCUCCUGCACCUAA